AUGGUUGGUACUCAUUUAGUUAUAUUAGUUCAUGGAGUAUGGGGUAAUUCAUCACAUUUAUCAUAUCUUGAAAAAACCAUAAAUGAAGAAAUUAAACCACUUAAUGGUGAAAAAUUACAUGUUCAUAAAACUGGUUCACAUUCAGGUUAUUUAACUUAUGAUGGUAUAGAUGUUAAUGGUAAAAGAAUAACAGAUGAAAUAUUACAACAAACAAAUGAUUUAAAUUUACAAGGGGAUAAAGUUAUAAAAAUCUCAAUAAUUGGUUAUUCAUUAGGUGGAUUAAUUUCAAGAUAUGCAAUUGGUAUAUUACAAAGUAAAAAUUAUUUUGAAAAUAUUGAACCUAUAAAUUUUGUUACAUUUUGUACUCCUCAUAUUGGUGUAUCAAAUCCUCAAACUCAUAAUUUUUCAGUUAGAUUAUAUAAUAAUAUUGCACCUUAUUUUUUAGCAAUAACAGGUUCACAAUUUUUUUUAAAAGAUAAAGUUGGAGAAUUUCAUAAACCAUUAUUAGUAUGGAUGGCUGAUCAAAAUUCAAAAUUUUAUCAAGCACUUUCUAAAUUUAAAUAUAAAUCAUUAUAUGCAAAUGUUGUAAAUGAUAAAAGAUGUUCAUGGUUUACUUCUUCAAUAUCUUUUGAUGAUCCAGUUAAUUCAAUGUAUAAUAAAUCACCUAAAAAUAUACAAUGUGAAUACAUUAAAGGAUAUGAACCAAAUUUAAUAGAUAUACUGAAACCAUUACAUUUUAUACAAAGGGAUAAUAAACAAAUUGAAGACUAUCCUAUAACCACCAAAUCAUCAAUUGUGAGAUUUUUUUGGAAAACUAUAAAUUGGAUAAAAUUAUUAAGUUCAAUAGCAAUAUAUACACCAUUUUGGGCAUUAUCAUUUUUAAUAUCAUCAAUAAUACAAAGAAUAAAAUUAAGUUCAAGAUUACGUAAAUUUAAUAAUGAUUCAAAUAAUAAAUUAAAUCAUUUAUAUGAAUAUAAUGAAGAUACUUCAUUAUUAACUGAUUUAAAUAAUAAAUUAGAAGAUGAACAAGAAACAUUAGUCGAAGAUAUGUAUAAUGCAAUGAAUUUUAAAAUUCGUUAUUCCAAGAUUUUCCCCAAAAUAAAAUUAGAUUCAAAUCAAUUAUUUAUUGUUGAAAAAUUAAAUACUAUAAAAUGGAAUAAAUAUCCUAUAAUUUUGAGACAUACUGGUGCUACUCAUGCUGCUGCUAUUGUAAGACAUGCUGAUCCUAACUUUGAUGAAGGUAAAGUUGUCGUUCGUCAUUUUAUUGAAAAAGUUUUUAAAUUAGAUUAG